AUGAGCCAAGCCCUCGACGAUAGCACCAACCUCGACCUUCCCAUCUUUCAGGAUGAUCUGCUUCGGGACAGGCAGCGAGUUUUUUCCGAGUUCCUUUCCAAGGAUGAAUAUCAAGAUGCGGUUCGUCGCAUGCUGAGGAUGGAUGCUCGUCGACUCAUCAUCAACAUUGACGAUUUGCGGUCCUACAACCGCGAUUUUGCUACCGGUCUCCUCAACGAGCCCAACGAGUACCUGCCUGCAUUUGAUGCCGCUCUACACGUGUCGGUCGAAUUGGCGCACAACCCACUCAAGGACGAUAUCAAGGGUAAGCAGUACUACAUUGGACUGCGUGGAAGCUUUGGUGACCACCACGUCAACCCACGUACUCUUCGCAGCAUUCACCUCGGUAAGAUGAUGAGUCUCGAGGGCAUUGUCACACGCUGCUCGCUCGUUCGCCCCAAGAUCCUAAAGUCGGUACACUACUGCGAAACGACACACAAAUUCCAUCAGCGAGAGUAUCGCGACGCCACCAUGUACGGCACACUCCCACCAUCGUCCACCGUCUACCCGACCGAAGAUGAGAACGGCAACAGACUCACAACCGAAUACGGCCAUAGUCUCUUCCGCGACCACCAAAUGAUUUCGAUCCAAGAAAUGCCGGAACGUGCUCCUCCAGGUCAAUUGCCUCGAAGCAUCGACGUCGUCAUGGACGAUGACAUGGUGGACCGCUGCAAACCAGGCGACCGUAUCCAGCUAGUAGGCAUGUACCGAUCGCUUGGUAACCGCGUCGGCCAGAGCGCUUCUUCUACCUUCCGCACACUCAUGAUCGGAAACAAUCUCAAUCUCCUCUCGUCCAAAGUCGGCGGGGGCAUCGCGCAGGCGCACAUCACUGACACGGACAUUCGCAACAUCAACAAGAUCGCAAAGCGAAAGAAUGUCUUUAACCUGCUCUCUCAAUCCUUGGCACCGUCGAUUUAUGGUCACGAAUACAUAAAAAAAGCAGUCCUGUUGCUUUUGCUCGGAGGCGAGGAGAAGAACCUGCCCAACGGUACCCACAUUCGUGGUGAUAUCAACAUUCUCAUGGUCGGUGACCCUUCGACGGCCAAGUCCCAGAUGCUCCGAUUUGUGCUCAACACGGCUCCCCUCGCUAUCGCCACCACGGGUCGUGGCUCGAGUGGUGUCGGUCUUACAGCUGCCGUCACAACGGAUAAGGAGACCGGUGAGCGUCGUCUUGAAGCCGGUGCAAUGGUGCUGGCUGAUCGCGGUGUCAUCUGCAUCGACGAGUUUGACAAGAUGAGCGACAUCGACCGAGUUGCUAUCCACGAAGUCAUGGAGCAGCAGACCGUCACCAUUGCCAAGGCUGGUAUCCACACCAGUCUCAACGCCCGAUGCUCGGUCGUGGCAGCAGCCAACCCGAUCUAUGGCCAGUACGAUGUCCACAAGGAUCCACACAAGAAUAUCGCCCUUCCCGACUCACUCCUAUCACGUUUCGAUUUGCUGUUUGUCGUUACCGACGAUGUUGACGAGCAACGCGACCGAAUGAUUUCGGAACACGUUCUGCGCAUGCAUCGAUACCUGCAACCAGGUUUGGAAGAGGGUACGCCUGCAGUGGACAACCUCGACCAGGCACUUGAUGUAGGUGCACCCGAAGGCACCGAUGCCGACGGCGCAGCCAUGCUUGGUGACACAUCGCCAUUUGAAAAGUACAAUCCGCUGCUGCACUCGGGUGUCACGAGCGCCAGUCGUGGAAGCGACAAGAAGGAAGUGUUGUCGAUCGCCUUUAUCAAAAAGUACAUUCAGUACGCCAAGUCGCGUAUUCACCCUGUUUUGACCAGGGGUGCCGCCGAGUGGAUCGUCAAUGUCUACUCGAACUUGCGCAACGACGAGCUAUCGGGAAACCAGAAACGCACCUCGCCAUUGACAGCACGUACGCUUGAAACCCUGAUCCGUUUGGCGACGGCACACGCCAAGAGCCGACUCAGCAACAGGGUAGAGGAGCGAGACGCCGAAGCUGCUGAGGAGAUCCUGCGUUUUGCUCUGUUCAAGGAGGUGCUUGGUGGUCGACGAGGCAUCCAUAAACGUCGUCGAACUGGCAACAGUCCCAUGAGUGAUGACGACCAUGACGAAGACGACGUCGAAGAUGACGACAGUGGAGACGACGCUGCUCGGUCUGAUCCCAGAGCGGCGUACCGCAGUGGCCGCCCUGCCCGAGGCAGGCGUCGCGGGCGUGGAGGACAGCGUUAUGGCGAAGAGGAGCAUAGCAGUGACGAUGACGACAUGCAGAUUCAGAACGAAGUUGUUUCCUCGCAACGCUCGACGCGAUCCAAUGGUGCCUACGCUACACGUGCUGCUGCAGCGACGCUCACCAGAUCCAAACCAGCGAUGGUGGGCCCUGGAGGCAUGGACGAAGAGGCAGUCGACGACGAGGAUGCACUGGAAGCCAUGCGCUCGGUCGAUGUGGAAGUCAUGACCCCGCCUCUGCCUGUUCCGGCGGCGCCUUCAGCCACCAUCUCGGCACAAAGAACGGAGGCGUUCAAGGACGAGCUGUCGGAUCUGCUCUUCUCUUCCGAUGGUCGAUUGGCCGAGAUGGACGCCAUCCCGCUCGACGAGCUGCUGCCAGUGAUGAAUGAAGGCCGCCGCACGGAGGACUUGUUUGACACCAACGAAGCGCGCCAGGUGCUCGAGAUGAUGCACAGGGAGAACAGCAUCAUGUUUAGCGAAGACGUGGUGUUUAAGCUUUGA